CCGCGGGGUGCGUCGAGGUGUCCGAGCGCUUCGAGCGGUUUCAAAUCCGGGGUCGUUUUAUUUUUGGAGGGCAUGAAGUUUGGGCAUUGGUUUAACGUGUAGCCCUGAAGAACCAGAAACUCAAAGGAACCGAUACUCCGGCUCCACAGAGUCCCACCACCUGUAGUGAGGCUCUUUCUGGAAUCGGUGCGAUGACCAAGGUUUUGGGCAUGGCUGCAGUUCGGGGCCCUCGGCCUCCACGGGAGAGGGGGCCUCUGGUGGUUAAAGAUGAGGACGAAGAGGAAAGGCAGAGCCUUCCCAGCCUGGAGGUGUUCCGCCAGCGCUUCCGGCAGUUUGGCUACCAUGACACACCUGGGCCCCGGGAGGCCCUGAGCCAGCUCCGGGUGCUGUGCUGCGAGUGGCUGAGGCCCGAGAUCCACACCAAGGAGCAGAUCCUGGAGCUGCUGGUGCUGGAGCAGUUCCUGACCAUCCUGCCCCAGGAGCUCCAGGCCUGGGUGCAGGAGCACUGCCCGCAGAGCGCCGAAGAGGCCGUCACUCUCCUCGAGGAUCUGGAGCAGGAACUGGACGAGCCAGCACAGCAGGUCUCACCUCCUCCAAAGGAACAGCAACAGGUGUGGGAGAAGAGGUCCUGCUCGGGAACAGCAGCGUUUCCAAGCAGCGCACAGCCCCAGUCUGCGGAGACCAGUCACAAAAGCGAGGGUUGGGAGCCCUUGUACAUCCAGGAGACUGGGGAAGAGGAGGAUCUCACUCCAGAGCUGAGAAAGAGUCAAGAUCGUAACUCGAACACCCAGAAUGAGGACUCCAUAGAUGAGCAGAAGACUUCUGAAGAGUCUCAGGAACUCAAAAGGGAGGUUACUCCCAUGGUCGUUGCCAGUAAAUGUGAGGCCAGGUUAGAAAGGCAGUGGGCAAACCUUGAAAAGGAAAGAGGAACAAAAACUCCUCUUCUAGACAAAGGUUCCAAGAAAGGCAGAGAAUUGAUUCCCACUAAACCUGCCCCAGGAGAGAGGCGUUACAUCUGUGCCGAGUGCGGAAAAGCCUUUAGUAAUAGCUCAAAUCUUACCAAGCACCGGAGAACGCACACUGGGGAGAAGCCCUACGUGUGCACCAAAUGUGGGAAAGCUUUCAGCCACAGCUCAAACCUGACCCUCCAUUACCGAACGCACUUGGUGGACCGGCCCUAUGACUGUAAGUGUGGGAAAGCCUUUGGUCAGAGCUCAGACCUCCUUAAACAUCAGCGAAUGCACACGGAAGAGGCGCCCUAUCAGUGUAAAGAUUGCGGAAAAGCUUUCAGUGGGAAAGGCAGCCUCAUCCGACACUAUCGGAUCCACACUGGGGAGAAACCUUACCAGUGUAACGAGUGUGGAAAGAGCUUUAGCCAGCACGCAGGUCUCAGUUCUCACCAGAGGCUCCACACCGGAGAGAAGCCGUACAAAUGUAAGGAGUGUGGGAAAGCCUUCAACCACAGCUCAAAUUUUAAUAAACACCAUAGAAUCCAUACCGGGGAGAAGCCCUACUGGUGUAAUCACUGUGGAAAAACCUUCUGUAGUAAGUCCAAUCUUUCCAAACAUCAGCGAGUCCACACCGGAGAGGGAGAAGGGGUGAGUCCGGCGGCCCCCGGGGCUCGCGGUGAGACGGAGGCUGUGCCCGCCAGGGAAAGGGGUGGUGUCCGCGCCGCUGCGGCCCGCGGGGUCCCCAGGCCCGCCCGGAGCAGGACCGGAGGCCCAGAACUUCUAGCCCUACUCAUGGAAACUCAGGCUGAUUGUGUAUCUCAGGAACCGCAGGCCCUGCUUGAGAGUGCUCUUCCUUCCUCGAAAGUUCCUGCAUUUUCCAACAAGGACAGCCUGGGGGAUGAGAUGUUGGCAGCUGCACUCCUGAAGGCCAAGUCCCAGGAGUUGGUGACGUUUGAGGACGUGGCUGUGUACUUCAUCCGGAAGGAGUGGAAACGUUUGGAGCCUGCUCAGAGGGACCUCUAUAGGGAUGUGAUGCUGGAGAAUUACGGGAAUGUGUUCUCGCUGGAUGGUGAGACCAGAACUGAGCACGAUCAAGAAAUGUCUGAAGAUACGGGAUCACAUGGGGUGCUGUUGGGAAGAUUCCAAAAGGAUAUUUCUCAGGGUCUUAAAUUCAAAGACGCCUAUGACCAAGAAGUCGGUCUUAAGAGGCAGCUGGGGAGCUCCUCUGGAGAAAGACUGACCAGGAAGAUACAAGAUUUCGGUCAAGUGACGGAUGAGGAAAAGCUAACCCCUGUGGGAGAGAGAAGUGAGAAAUACAAUGAUUUUGGGAACAGCCUCGCUGUGAGUUCUAACCUUAUUUCGCAUCAGAGACUUCCUGUGGGAGACAGACCCCAUAAGUGCGAUGAAUGUAGCAAGAGCUUUAAUCGAACUUCAGACCUCAUUCAGCAUCAGAGAAUCCACACUGGGGAGAAACCCUAUGAAUGUAGUGAGUGUGGGAAGGCCUUCAGCCAGAGCUCGCAUCUCAUUCAGCAUCAGAGAAUCCACACCGGAGAGAAGCCGUACGAAUGUAACGAUUGUGGGAAGACCUUCAGCUGCAGCUCUGCCCUCAUCCUCCACCGAAGGAUCCACACCGGGGAGAAGCCCUACGAAUGUAGCGAAUGUGGGAAAACCUUCAGCUGGAGCUCUACCCUUACUCAUCACCAGAGAAUCCACACUGGAGAGAAACCGUACGCCUGUAAUGAAUGCGGGAAGGCCUUCAGCAGGAGCUCUACCCUCAUCCAUCACCAGAGAAUCCACACUGGAGAGAAGCCCUAUGAAUGUAACGAGUGCGGGAAGGCCUUCAGCCAGAGCUCGCACCUCUACCAGCACCAGAGAAUCCACACUGGAGAGAAGCCCUAUGAAUGUAUGGAAUGCGGAGGAAAGUUUACCUACAGUUCAGGCCUUAUUCAGCAUCAAAGAAUCCACACCGGGGAGAAUCCCUACGAAUGUAGUGAGUGUGGGAAAGCCUUCCGAUACAGCUCAGCUCUGGUCCGCCAUCAGAGAAUUCACACUGGAGAGAAGCCUUUGAAUGUAAUGGGAAUGAGCAAAAGUUCUCUCAGAGUCGCUGCCGAGCUCAGUAUCAGAGAGUCUGCCUGAGAGAGAGCCGCACACCUGUUUUCCUCACUUCCUCUGAGUCUGACGAGCUCCUGCCUUACUACAUAAGUAUGAACAUCUUAGAACGUGUCCUUUCCGGCUCAAACCUUUCACUUUAGAGAACGGGGCAGAUGGGGGAGAUCAUCCCGGCACACCCUCGUGACCAGCUGCCUGGUCACUUUCCCCAGGAGUGACACCCGGAAGCGAGCGGCAGGUUGAGGAACGCCAGGGAAGCUCUGGGACCGGUCACCUUCCGUUUUGGAAGGGAGUUUGCACUAGUCCGCUUCUCUAGCACCAGAGGAGCCUUUCCUUCCAAGGUGGGGAGUGGAAGCACAGUAGGAAGAAAAUCCCCAGGACUCCUCUGGUUGGAGUCCGUGUAGUCGGCACCGAAGGCAGUGGAAAGAAUGUCCCGGGUCCUGCUGUUUGCUAACAAGGGGACACAGAGGCUGUCUUUCAAAGCCACUGUCCCUAAUCCAGCUUUAGGUUCUGGUAAGGAACCUUUGCUAUUUGUUGCUACUUUUUUUGUUCCAUGAUUUCGUCAAUUAAUGGAAAUUUGGUGCUGAGGGAUUUGUUAUUUUAUUGGUGGGGGGAUUCUGUGAGGUUUUCUGUGAUAACUAUAUUUUGGGGGGCUCUUGGAGCAGCAAGCCCGUUUCCAAGAGCAGCGAGGCGGUUUUGUUGGGAGAGCUCCUUGUCCUUCUCCACUGUGAUGGGUCUGAUUGGGAAAUCCAUCUGAUGAAGAAAGUCUCACAGGGGAAGGAUUGAAAGCAUUAAGCGUUGGCCUGCUUCUGUCCUCUCUGGCUGUUCCUCUCCCCGCUCCUGUGCUGAAGAGUGAUUUAAUCCAAACCCCCAGUUGCUCAGACUAGAAUGCUUUUAAGGAGCUCACUCAGCCAGCUUGCCCUGCCCUCCAUCACCUAUGACCUGUGACAUCUGGCCCCAGCAGCCGGAUCUCCCGUGACCCCAUCUCUGACUUUGGCAGCAAAGGAAGCGCAAAGCCCAGAGAAGGGGAGGCUCUGGCCUGACCUGGCUGCCAGGCUCCUUGCUGGGUUAGGCUGGAGCUUCCGAGGGUGCCCAGCUGAAGGGAUGAUCUUUCGUUCUGUUUUCCCAAUCCUGCUCAUCCUGUAGCAUAAACGAAGUGCACUAUUAAACAGAAUAGUUUUUUAGAAGGAGAGAUUGAGUGUGUUUCUGUGCAGGAGCCAAAUUUAUUUGAAUUAAAAUAGGAAAUCGUGAGUAUAACUGGAAUCUUUAAAAUUUACUCAAGAUAUAUAUAUAUUUUUUAACUGUUUUUCUUUCACACACAUACGACCUCUGGCUGUCAAGACUCCUGUCCUAUUCCUCUAGAUACCGCCACAGACUCAGUCACGCACACAUUUGCUCCCAGCUCGUACCCACAUGUUGGAUUUCGUGUGCGGCCUGGCAUUCUGUGUGGUACAGUACUUAGGACCAGCAACCCAAACUAGAAAGGUGUUACUGGGGGCGGGGGGGCCCUUACCAGCGUGUACUUGGGUUUUGGGUCACAGGGGGCAUAUGUAGAUUCUUGUUCCAGCUGUGGGCGAGAGGAAGUCAUUCAUGGAGAAGGCGGAGAGGAAAGUGUUACAGAGAAGUUGGGGAACUGUCUGGAACUGCCGUCUAAAGACCUUGGAGCAUAUGUUGUGAUCGACGUCCCAAUAUGUUUUUGAUUUCUUAAAGCCGUAAUGAAACUC